UAGUCAGCAGUCUGGAGUCGUGCGCCGGAGUCAGAGCUGCGUUUCCCGACCCAAGCGCCGGUUGUUGAGGGAGAGCUACAGAGCGAUGCUGCCCCUGCCGCUUCCUGAUUGGCUGCGGGUGGCUACUUCUUUGUUCUGAUUGGCAGCGAGUGAGCUGGACAAUGCUAAGCAAGGGUCUCAAGCGCAAGCGGGAGGAGGAGGAAGAGGAGGAGGAGGAGAAGGAAGCCCUAGAAGUGGAUGCCUGGUGGCUGGAUCCUGGCCACCCAGCAGUGACACAGGCACCCCCAAAUGUGGCCUCCAGCUCCCUCUUUGACCUCUCUGUGCUCAAGCUCCACCACAGCCUGAGGCAGAGUGAGCCAGACCUGCGGCAUCUGGUGCUGGUGGUGAACACACUUCGGCGCAUCCAGGCGUCCAUGGCACCCACGGUGACCCUGCCACCUGUGCCCAGCCCACCCUUAGUCCCCAGUGUGGCUGAUAACCUGUUGGCCAGCUCCGACACCAUCCUCUCAGCCUCCAUGGCCAGUCUCCUCGAGGACCUCAGCCAGAUUGAGGGUCUGAGCCAGGCCCCCCAACCCCUGGCGGAUGAGAGCCCACCAGGCCGCCCAAUUGGGGGAGCCCCACCCAGUCUGGGUGCCUUGGACCUGCUGGGCCCAGCCACUGGCUGUCUGCUGGACGAUGGGCUGGAGGGCCUGUUUGAGGACAUUGACACCUCCAUGUAUGACAGUGAACUUUGGGUGCCAGCCUCUGAGGGCCUCAAGCCUGGCCCUGAGGAUGGGCCAGGCAAAGAGGGAGCUCCUGAGCUGGAUGAGGCUGAGCUGGACUACCUCAUGGACGUGCUGGUGGGCACACAGGCGCUAGAGCGGCCUCCAGAGCAAGGGCGCUGACCCCAAGGGUUGGGAUGGUUGUCUGGCAUCUGAACUGAGCCUGGUGUUUGGACCAGCCCUCCUUGGAAAGGACAGCCGGCUGCCCCAGCACAGAGACAGGGGCUUGGCCACUUUGGAAAGACAGAAUCCAGUUCUGGGCAACUUCACAUCCAUCCUCUUGUGAAGGGGCCAUGGAGGAAUCUGGGAUUGGCCCCUAGUGAUGGAAUGACAGGGCCUGAUGGCUAGGAUGUGAUUGGGCCAGGCCCCAUGCUGGACUGAAUCCUCUGGCAUCACAGUGGGGGCUAUUCCUUUCCUGAUUUGGGAAGAGACCUCAACCUGUUUUUUGAAAUUAAAACCAACUCUGGAAAAAUUUCA